AUGGGCAGCAAGACAGCUUCCGCCAGCAGGGUCGUGCAGGUAGUGAAGCCACAUACUCCAUUAAUGAGGUUCCCUGACAGAAGAGACAAUCCUAAACUCAGUGCCUCCGACGUUUCGAGAUCUGCUGGGCUACCCUCUCACUCUUCUGUAAUUUCACAGCAUUCUAAAGGAAGCAUAUCCCCAGAUCUUCUGAUGCAUCCGGGGCCCCCAGACACUGCAGAAAUACUAAAAACCUUACCUCAGUGGGGCUGGAGAGAUGGCUCAGAGAAGUACAGAAGGAAACCUAUAUCUCAAGAAGAAAUGGACUUUAUCCAGCGUGGAGGUCCAGAAUGAUCGCUGUGGCUGCUGUUUGUCGCCAGACAAAAGGAUUAUCUUUACAAUAAAGGACUUCCAA